GCGUUGGCACUGAGCGGGCCUAGGUACCUUCUGUCAGCACGGCUUCCAAACGUCACAUGCACCAUAAUCAAGCUGUCAACUCUUCGAUGCAGUGGAAGGAAUGCACCAAAAAUACUCAUGUACUCAGUGCCUCACCCGGCACCCCAAUCUGACUAUAUUCUUGGGCCCCGACACCAUCCUCCUCAGUCGCAUGACGUUAUCUGCAGAAGUACUCAGAGGCUUGGAUACCCCACCUUUGAGGUUCGCAGUACAAGCGGGCAGCAAAAUGGGUACAGCUCUCCUAUCAGCCCAUUUUUACAGUUACAGCGAAUUUCGUGCUGCUCUUGCGUCCACAAGGGCUGCCUGCUUGCAUCUACAAAACAAUUCAAACAGGCAUCUCUGCCUCUUUUUGGCCCAGGUUUGGACGGGGACUUGGAGCCUGGUAUCAUUUUGGUAAUGAGCCGACACUUGAGCCAACAGGCACGGCCAUUGAUGGCGGAAUGCCGAUGGAUGCUCAAAAUACACACG